AGUUAACGACGCUUGUCCCAGUUGCAUCCGAACGCUCCAGCCGUCAACGUUAUCGAAACUGGCAACUGGCAACAAUACACAUAAAUCAAGCUGGCCACCAUGGUGACCAAUGCCACGAACAACAACAAUUUGCAGGCGAAUAACAACAGUCAGACGCCGAACAAUAACAACGAUGACUUUGACAUUGACCAGGACGAUGGCCUGCAGGAUCUGGGCUUGCCCGUCUCCGUCCAGACAUUCCUAUGGCGCCAAAUAGCGCCAUUCAUCAGGCCAAGACUGGGCAAGCUGCAUGAAGCCAGUUGCAUGUUUUGUCAACAUGCACCAGGACACCAUGAAUCGAAAGAAGCCUGCAAGUCCUUUGAGAAGGUGCUUGUGCAGAACAUACAAUUUGGUCUCUCGCCACCGUUGACCAAAGCUCUAGGCGCCAUUCCACGCUGGCGUCUGCUCCAAGGCGCCCUGCCUCAUGUCAUGCAUGCUUGCGCUGCUUUAUUAUAUUGCCGCGUAAAAGACAUGCAGGCUAUUGGUCCUGUGGAGACAAAAUUGUUGUACACCAUGCAGUGGAUACUGCUCUAUGCCGCCGAGGAAUGCGCCGAUGACGAAGAUGGCGAUGAAUUGGGACUGGCUGAAGCUUCCGAGCCGAAGCCCAAGCCCAUGGAGCAGUAUCUGUUCUCAGUGCCCACAAUAACCUUAUUUGUGUAUUUGUUUGCGCCAAUCAUACAUCAUCUCAAAGAGUCGGACUUUCAAAACUUUCGCCUCGAAAAUGGCAUCAAAUUGUGGCAAGGCAUGUGGGACAAUCGUGCCCCGGGCGCACCUUGCUUCACUGCGCCUGUUAAGCCCAAGGCACGCAAUCUGUUGUGUGCUCCCACACCCAAAGGAUCCACGGAUGUUUUCCAGGGUCGGAAGCAUUCGUUGGGACCCGAUGCUAUGUCGCCCAAGGCGGACUCGCCACAGAGCGGUAUGACCGACUAUUUACAACAGGAUGAAGAGGGCUCUUGGGUAUCAUCGCCCAAGGAAUUCUUUCCCGAAACCAUACCGGAGGAGGCCUCCAGCGUUGAGGAUGAACGCGUUGUCAUCUUCAGACUGCCCUCAGCACCUCAACUCAUGGAUAACUCCUUUUUCACAGCCGACGCCAGUUUGUUGCAACAACAGCUGCAGCAAUCGCAAAGUCGUCGGGGCAGCCAUCAGUCUAUGAACUCUCGGGAGAAGGAGAAAGUGCCUUCGACCAAGUUUGAAUUUGAUCAACAGGAGUUAACGCGUGGCGCCUCCAUGAAGGAGAAGCGCAGCGCCUCAAUUGAGAAAGAGUCAGACUCCGACAAGUCCGAAAGCGUCAAGGCGGAUGUGUCAGCUGCCACCUUCUUGGAUGUGGCUGUGCUGCGCUGUCUCUUCAUCUCACAUUGGCAGGAGGAAGGCAUCUUUUGGAGUCUGCAAUACCUCUACAAUAGACUCAGUGAAAUAGGCGAAGAUGCCGCCAUUACUUUGAAUCAACCGCGCAAGCGAAGCAACUCUUUGCCCAUACCACAAAUCGAGAUAUCACUGUACCAGGGCCCAGGCAGCAACAGUCGUGAUAGUCCUGGCAGCUCUGUGGUCAAGGACUACAUAGAAAUACCCGAGCCGGCAGCCACAGUGACAACAAACGUAGUUGAGGAGGCACAAGUGCUGCCAAACAAUGCGGAGCGACGUGGCAGCGAGAAGAAGAAGCGCGUUAAAAUGGCGGAUCUGCGGGCAUUUGUGGAGACGAAAAUGUUUUCGAAAUCGGAGAAGAAUCUGGAAAAAGUAGGGCUCGAUACAAACUCAGCCAAUGGCAAGAUUCCACUGCAACAUGCAGAAUACCAUCGCAGUCUUGACACCGGGGAAAAGAAACUAUCACGAUCGGCAUCCAUGAUCACCCGUGAGCCAGCUAGCAAUCUUAUAAAGGGGAAAUCCAUGCCCAGUCUGAGCUGUCUGCUUGAUAGCGGAUUUUACAGAUACGUUGAGCCGCCAAAGGUGUCGCGACCACCACAGGCCACUUGUCCACGCUCCACAGCUUUCUAUCCACGCAAUCCGAUUAUUACGGUCACGGAGCAUACGCCGACGCCUUCGCCGGACUACAUGAAACGUCAGGGUUCCAUUGACUCCCAGCUAGAUGCCUUGAGCAAUGGCGGCAGCAUUGCGGGCGCUGGUGGUGCCAAUGGCAGCACUGGUGGUGGCAGCAGCACCACACGCUAUCGCGGUCCCAUGUUGCGCUCACACACCGAUUCCCACAUCGAUUACACCGGUGUCGAUGAGUCCGAAGCACCUGGUUCCUCGUUCUAUAUAACCCGCGAUGGCGGCAUCGACUAUGAGAUUGUGUUGCUGGCCGUGAGCAGCGUAUUCAAGCGUGAUCCCUCGCAGGUUGUUUCGCUGCGUGUGCUAGAGGCGGGUCUCAACAUUUGCGAACUUUUAAUUGAGAUGGGCGUGCUGAAGCUGGGUGAGCAUGCGCACGAAAUAUCCAUGGGCAUUACACGACGAGCGCUCCAGGUGCUGGGAUGUCCACAUGGCUGCAACGAUGGCGUUCGUGGUCCUCCCGCCGACUUUCUGCGCAACCAAUGCCAGAAGAUUCUCUCGCGAAUGCUGCGCCAAGCUGGUCAACGCACCAAACGUUUUCUACAGGAGAUGGUCAAGACUUCGCCGCUGCCGGAACUCAUCGAUUACUUCCAUGCAUUCCUCGCCUUUUGUGUGGAUCCCAGCUCGCUGUUGUCGCCUUUGACUCAUAAACGUCAGAGUGGAUAUAAAAAUGUUAACACCGAUCUUGGCGGUGUACCAGGUCAGGGCGGCUAUUCCACCAAUUUUAGCGGCGGCAUGAGCGGCGGAGCCGAGGGUCAGGUCGUUGGUGCCGUCUUCAAGCAGCUCGUCAGUCGCUUUGUCGAGGCCAGCAAGGAUCUUAAGUCUCCCGAGAAUGUGGCACUCUACGGCGACAUCCGGCAGCUUGUCACCUAUGUGAAGGGCGCCCAUGGUGGACCGUUUCGCCUGGUGGCACUCAGCGGCAUCUUGGCGGUGACGCCGCGACCACACAAGAAGGGACCGACAGCGCAGACCACAAGAGUUAUCAGGCAUAUACCCCAAGGAGACACCGUACAGAGUGUGCAAAACGAUGACAAUCGUUCGCAGCGACGUCUGCUGCUCAAGAAACGCAGCACAUCCUCAGCCUGCGCCGUGAGUCUGCUGGAGACGGAACCGUGCGAGGAGCACUACAAGACCAGCCAGUCGCCGCUGAGCAAUUUUAGGCGACGCACGACAGGCGUGAGGCCGACGUUGACACCGCGGCAUAGUGAGCGAGCGCUGCUCUCCGAUUCCACGUCCAGCUCGGAACGCAAUUCGCUGGGACGGCUCAGCGGCUUGGUGCGCUGGUUUCGCGGUACGCCCAAGGAGGCAUCGUCCAUUGACCUGGAGAUAGGCUCGUUGAAUCCCGAGAUAUCGUCCACAUUCAUGCGGCACGCCUCGCUGAAGAUCCAGCGUGGUCGUUCCAGCGACGGCAUUGGGCGUUCCAUACAGCGCGCCAAGCGACGCGUUGAGCGACGGCUGAACCGUUUCGGCGGCAUUGUGAAGGGCAAGAAGAAGGUGGGCGGCAUCGAAGAGACAGCGGACUACAGUCGACGCAGCUCAUCCGAUAUGUGCGACGGUCCACGCGAGUCCGAGGUCGUCAUACUAAAGGAACGCAAACUUGUGCCCACCGAGCCUGUGAGAGUUGGCAUGCUGCGUUUAUCCUUUCUGCUGGAGACCUGCGCACCGGGAUCUUUUCCCGAUCCGCAACUCAUUGCUGCCGUCUUGGAUUUGCCUCAAGCUCCUUUAGUUACACGAGCCACAUUUCUACUGGAGUGCGCACACUUUGUACAUCUGUGCAACAAAGGGCAAUGGCCCAUCUGGAUGAAGCAGAACGUGGGCGGUUACCGCGCCUCGGGCGCCAACAUCAAUCCCUCCCAGAUGAAGCAACAAGUCAGCCAAACCAGCGCUCGUCGAACACAUAUUCUGCUCCGUGCAGCGGGCAAAAUGUUCCAUCAAUGGGCUGAGAUGGUUGGCGCACGUCUCGAGGAGAUUCUGUUCACGGAACGACUGCAGUAUGAGGCACUGAAUGCCAGUCUUACCGAUCCAGAGAAGCAACGCGAACUGCUGCAGCAAGACGAGGAGGAAGAUUUCCUCGAUGAAUCCUCUGUCAAUCCGCAUGGCAACGAUUGUCCGCAUGCGCUCAAGCUGAUUGCCUGUGUGCUGCUCUUCGAGAUCACAGCCUUUCUGCGCGAUACCUACAUCACAUUGCCCAAAACCUCCAAGAUGCUGCACAGAGAUCGUCCCGCACCCUGGGAGAAAGUGUAUCGCGAGGCAAAUCGUCGCUGGUCCAUGGCACUAAGUUCUAUGGGACAUUCGCAGACCUCGGCGCAGAGUCUGCAAUCAAUUGCGGCGGGCAAUGAUGGCGCCGGGCAGACGGAGCGCAAGAUAUCGUUUGUGCUGCACGAGCCGGACAAUGAGUCGGAGAACAGCAGCAACACUACGCUUACCAAGGAGGGCGAGGAGGCUCGUCGUCCAACUGCCUCGGCAGUACGUCCCUUUCUGUUGCGACGCGGCACAGCGACCACAACGGGCGGUUCCUUCAAGCGACGCUCGCUGAAGUUGCGUCGGAAUACUAAGGAUAGCAAGGACAUUGAAACGGACUUCAACAUGCAGUCGAGGCGCAAGGUCUCCUCGCUGUCUGAUCGCAGCGACACAUCGGAGCAAGGCAUGGUCAGCGGUGGCGAAGAAUCACCUGGCAUCCUUAGCGACGACCAGCAACCAGAGUCACCAACAGACUCCAAUGAAAACGAUGAGACGGCCAAGAAUAUGCCAUGGCUCAAAGCAGUCAUCGAUUUGAUUACCAGCUACAACUAUUACUGCACCCACAAGGGCUACUGUCAUCCCUUCUGCUACAAGCGCCACAUGCGCUCCUGCACACGCCUCAUCAAGGCCACCCGCAAGGUUUAUGGCGAAGAAUUUGGUUUCAACUUUGACAUGGAUCAUCCCACUGUGGAGCCCACUGUCAUCAGUGCCAGCAAAUCCUCGGCGCGUCCUCGAUCUACUCGAAAAGUAUCGGAACAGAGUUCCACGCAGACUUCACCCUCUAAGCGCAAGGACAGCUUGUCCCGCAAGGAUCGCAUUAGCGAUGAUCCUGACAUUGAGAUGGCCGAGAAACUGGCCAGAGCCUUCCGCCAGGAAAAGGAGAAGAAAAUUCAGGAAGAGCCGCCUAUUCUUAAGUUCAUACGCAUCCACAUACGCAAUCUGUUUCACUUUCCCCUGGCCACCAUGCUAAAGGGAGCUGUGGUACUCACCGAGGAACUGGUCAUCGAAGCCAUGCCCGCUGCGUGGGAGCUGUUGCUGGAAACUAAUCAUGAUACGGCCACCUCGAGUGCCGCCGUCUUCCUCAUGGGUUCGGUGAAGGCGCAAAACUUUGCAUUUGACAUCAUGCAACGUGCGCUAAAGAACAAAAAUCCAGAUAUUCGCAUUGGAGCCAUUCAGCGUUAUCUGGUGUUGUGGAAAUGCCGUUUCCAUGUCUGGCCACGCAUGGAGGACAAUGCACACGACGCGACAUUCAAGGUCCCACCAGGAGGCAUUGAAUUCACGCUGCCCUCGCCUAAAAUUGGUAUUGAGAGUCUGCCUGUGGUUGAUCCGCCAUGGAUGCCAGUGCAGCAAACAAAAGACAUGGAUAUGACACUGAAUCAGGACAGACAUCGCUCACUUGUAACGGCUACAAAAAGCCGCAAGAUGCAGCAGACGGAAGCGAUCAGGAAUGCUUUAAGGCAGCAGCGGGAUAAGCAACGAGCGGAACGACAUAGUUUCCUCAUCACCAUGAUACCGAUAAGUCAGCAGGCCUCUCAUGAGCCAGGUAUGGAGCACGAGGAUCACGAAAUCGAAGAGGAUUUGGAUGGCACGCGUGCAUCGUCGCAUCUGCAUCACGCUCACUCGCUCUUCCCCUCGGUGCUGUGCUCCUCCGUGAUGCAGAUUGUUGGCUGCUUGGAUGAUGCAGCAAUUGGCUCCGAUGGCAACGCUGUCUACGAAGUGGCCUACCAGGUGAUCUGGGUUUGUUUGGUCGAAGAGUCAGCAUUGUUUCUGCGCUAUGUCUUUGAGCGUUUGACACGCGAUCGUCAGGAUCAGAUGUUCAAGCUGUUGCGGCACCUGAUACGCUUUGUGCCACGUCUGCCACAACAGGCUGCAUUUGCGCUAUACAACUCAAUCAUUGGCUACAUUAUGUUUUAUGUGCGCUCCUCCAACGAACUGAAGCAGGAGCUCGUGGGCUCAGCAUUGUCAGUGCUUUGGAUGGUUGUGCACUCGGUGCAUGGAAUCAUGUUCAAGGAUUUGAAGCAGAUUCUCCGCAAAGAGCAAUGUGAUGCGUCUAUUCUGCUGACAGCCAAUGUGCCCGCCGCUAAAAAGAUUGUGGUGCACGGUCCGGCCGAUGACGACUAUAACAUUCCAUCACAAUUUCCAGUCCAGGAGGACACUUUGUUCUGUCAGCUGCUGAAGGAGGCACUGGACUAUUAUCCCAUUGAUGAGAAGAGCAUCACACACUAUUGCUUGGUGGACUACAAAAGCAAUAAAAUACUCAAUCCGAAUUGGUAUAUAAGAGAUUUGUACUUCUUCAAGCGUUCCCAAUAUCCAGAGGUGCGUUUGAUGCUUAUGCGCCCAGAGGAAUCAUUUCUAGCGCUGCAAAAGCAAGAACUGACUAAGAAAUUCGUCGAAAUUGGCAAGGUGCACCUUACCUGGGCCAUUCUCAAGAAUGUGGACAUGGUUGUUCAGCGCGUUGUCUUCCUACAUGAGGAGCUCAUGAAGCUACCCUCAUUCCCGCGCAAAGCCCUCGAGGUGGAUCUGGAUCUGCAUCACGGCGGCGAGUAUGGCAAGGUGCUGCUCGGCCUAGAUGUGUUGCACAAGUUCAUGUGGGUGCGUCUUAUUGCACGCAUGUUCGAGGCGAUGGCUGGAAAUUUUGCCUACUCCGCAGACAUUCAGCUCUUCCUGAACGUGCUAUCCGGCGCAUCCAUUCUGCAUGCCGAGGACUCCUGCAUCAUGCGCUACGUGAUGGCCACAUUCAUCAACGCUGCCUUCAAUUUCAAGAAUAUCUUCUCCACGAAUGGUUACUUUAUGAUCAUGCCGACGUUGCUUCAGGUGUAUUCACUACAUCAAACCAACAAGUUGAUUACCACAACCAUCGAAUAUGCUGUCAAGCAGUUCUAUCUGCUCAAUAGGAAACCCUUCAUUCUACAGAUGUUUGGCUCCGUUUCAGCCAUUCUCGAUACGGAUGAGGAUGGCACCUAUGGUGAGGCGCACAAAGUGCAAUCAAGUUGCUUAUUCAAUCUGCUGCUUAGUCUGGAGGAUCCCUCUCCGGAUCCGCUAAACAUUGCCGAACUGGUCAAGGAGCCGAAACCACUGAAAGCCAUUGAUUUCUGUUACCACGACGAGGACGACGAUGUCACCGUGCUCGACUGCAUCACUCUCUGUGUGAUGGUUGUCUCCUACUCCGCCGAGAGCACGCGUGGCUACCAAAUGCUGAUCAUAUUGGAGGCCAUACUCCCUUGCUAUCUGCAGCAAAUCCAAUCGCCCAGCUACAUUCCGCUGCAGGGCAAAUCCGAGCGCGAUAUCAUUCUCCAGCUGGCGGUAGCCAUACGCACCAUGGUACACAAUUGCGAGGGACUGGCCAAGAGCUACAACGGACCGUAUCGCAACAGUCCGGAGCACAAGGGCUCCUCUCAGCGUAACUGCAGCCGCGGACCGCCCUGCUCACCUGGGAUGGACUUUGAGGAGGAAUCGCACACUAAAUACGCUACAGAUCCACGGACGAAGAACAUGAUGGACUCUGCUGAGGAUUCGGAAAUGAUACGCACCGAGUACCGUCGACCACGUGAUGUACUGCUCUCAGUGGUAGCGGAUUUUCUAACCAAAUCCACAACACGGCUGGCUGAGCUGGCCAAGAAGAUGCCCAGCAACGACAGCAAACCCACCGAGGUGCUAGAUGCCAAGUGUCACAUACGCUUGGCGGACAUUGCGCACUCGCUGCUGAAGGUGUCGCCCUAUGAUCCCGAGUCAAUGGCAUGUCGUGGCCUGCAACGUUAUAUGCAAUCGGUGCUGCCACGUGCCGAGUGGUCAAAUGAUACGCUGCGCAAUGCUUUGGUCACCGUUCUGCGACGCAUCGAUAAGGUGUUCCUGAAGAUCUCUAAGAAGCCAUCGAUACGGCGCAACACAGAUUGGGAGGCAGCAGCGGGGCUGCUAAAGGGCAUACAUGAAACAAUCAUACGGCAUCCGUAUGUGCUGCACUGGCAGCAGAUGAAGACAUUGAUUAGCACGGUGCAGAAUUUGAUUGUCAACGAACCGGGCACCGGGAUACCCGAGGGCGUGUCCAGUGCAGGUGCAGCGCUCAUGUCUCAGAAUCCGCCGGCCUUUUUCUGCUCAGCCGUGGUGCGUCUGGUGGCACUGCAGGUGGUAAGUCCGGUUGAUUGUUUCUCGCUGGUGCAGAUCUGUGGCGGCAGUGCCGAGUUUGCCACGCAGGAAAAGGCCGAAGGAUUUCUAAUGCAUCUGAUCAUGCCACUGUGCUUGAAAGUGUGCUCGGGACGCGGUGUCUCCGACGUUGGUGAACUCAAAAUGAGCGACGUCACAUUCCUGCUAACAGCCGUCCUCAAUGCCAUGAGUCCGCCCGCUGGCCGCACCGGCCAAGCAGUGUCCCAAAUUAAUCGAGUGACGGGUGAUCUCCGGGCCGGCUCCCUUACCUUCACGGGCAGUCGAGACGCCAAGCGUCCGGCUCGCAUUUCAGGUUCCCUGUAUCAAGCAGCGUUUCUGGCGCUGCGCAUCGUCUGCAUCUGCUUCGAGAAUCGUUUGUCCAGCGAAUGGCCGCGCAUUGUGCGUGUCAUGCGUGAUCUGGGCAGACGCAAUGAGGCUGCACCCGAUCUGUGGAGCUUCAUGGAAUUCGUGGUUACCCAUCGCACUCCUCUUUACAUCGUCCUAUUGCCCUUUAUAUUGCACAAGAUCUCGCAACCUCCCAUUGGCGACCACGAGCGGCACAUGCAGUUCAUCAUCAGGGAGCGUUUGCGUGGCACACCACCUCAAGGUGGACUCAAGUCGAAGGGCGCGCUGCUGCUGGAGCUUGCACGCGAACUUCGCGAUUUGCGCGAUGAACUAGAGGAUAAACGUUACGUCUCCACGGAUCGCGAGAGUUCCGAGCAGAAGAAGAGUGACACUCCGGCUGCAACGAGCGCUGCCGAGGCGCAUAAGUCACAGCAGCGUCCCUCGCUCAUCUCCAUUUUCACGGGCACUACAACCGGACAGGCCACGCAUUCGCAUGUUUCGGCCGUGCCCAUCGAUUCACGUAGCGGCUCUGGGGGCAUCUGCACGCCAAGCGACACGCUCUCGCAGCAGACACUGCAUCCACCGCGCGAAUCCUUGUCCAGCAGCUCGACAGGCCGUGAUCCGCACACCACGACUAGCGAAAGUCACAGCGGUGAGGUUGCGGUGGGCUCUGCACCCACCCUAGUUGGCCAAUCGUUGGGCAGUGGUCCCAGUGGGUCGGGACAUGUCAUCACAGCCUCAGCGCUGCCGCCGGGCAUAGCUUCGCAGCUGUCGCAUUCGCAGUCGUUGCAGCAGGCUCCAUUCAAGGCGCAGCCACCAAAGCUGCGAUUUGUAUCAUCUGUGGAAUUUCGACAUUCUUCAGGAGAGACUUCCACAACGCCACUCUCACCUGAGAGUCCUGCCGAGGACAGUUCGGGCGAUCACACGCGUUCGCGACUGCAGCGCUCCAAGGCGGCCAGUCGCAAAACAUUCCGGCUUAAGCGAAGUCGCCUGACUCCCAUUGAGACGCCCAGCAUUGUAACUUCAUUGUCGCAGGAGGAGCAGCAGGCCAAGGCCAUUGGCGAAAUAUCCUGGGAUUCGGUGUCACAAACCUCGUCGACUUCCGGCUACAGGGAUAACAACAGUCUGCAGACUGGACUGCUCUCGCCAGAUGGUUCGCUGGGUGGACUUACGCUGGGUCGAUCGCCAUCGCAGCACUCGUUGUUGAUGGUGUUCGAGGGUCAGGAUGAAGAUACACUCAUUUAACAAUCACAGAACGGCGACCGGGCUUACGAGCUUUAGGACAGCCUCAAUUUUCAGUAAAUUAGCACAAUUAUAAUAUAGUUAGUACAAUUAACAAUUAUUAUAUGUAGUUGAUGUUAAGUUUUAUAUUCGCGUACAUUAGUUGUUUUCCAUUAUGUGCCGCGUUUUUAGCGAUUAGGAAAUUAUUCAAUAAACAUGAUAGUCAAUCAUUA